GGGGUGUCCAGCAGUGAGGGCUGGAGAAAGGCAGCCAGGCAGAGGCAGCGGGGAGCACAGCAAGGGAACGACACAGGCAGAAAGAACCAGAAGGACCCAAAAAGGGGCAAGGACCCCAACACUCAUCCGGCUGGAGCCGGCCCUGGGAGAAGCUCUGCUGCCUGUCUGUCCCCAUGGGCCACCGUGGGCCAUGGCUGCACACUUCUCUCCUCUGGGCUGCCAUGGUCAGCCUGCUCCUCCCCCCCGCCAUGACCCAGCAGCUGAGAGGGGCCGGGCCGGGCCCCAGCAACUGGAACAACAAUGCAGGAGUCGUGGGGCCCUCAGAGGAUGUGCCAGGCGAGUUUGGCCACCCCAGGCACAGCCACCGAGGCCACGGAGAUGAGAAUGAGGAUGUCUCCAGGGAAUACAGUCACGGGCUCCGAGACCACAGGUACCAAGACCACGAGGUCAGAGAAGAGAAUAUCCCUGAUGGAGAGGUCUUCACAGAGCAUGCUUGGCAGGCCCGUGGGCCCAGAGGCCAUGGGAACGAAGAUGUGGAUGAUUCAGACGAGCACGGGCACCACUUCCCCAGCCACAGAAGCCACAGCCAUCAGGAUGAGGAUGAGGAUGAGGAUGAAGUUGAGUCCAGCAAGUAUCGCCAUCAUAGCAUCAGGCAUGUGCAUGGAGGCCACGGAGAAGAGGACGAUGAAGAAGAAGAGGAAGGGGUGGUCUCCACAGAGUAUGGACACCAGGCCCACAGGCACCAAGGCCACAGGAGGGAAGAGGAUGAAGAUGACUCAGAUGAAUAUCCUCAUCAUGUCCCCAGCCACGGACACCAAAGCCAUGGAGAAGAAGGUGAUGAUGAUGAUGAUGAUGAUGAUGAUGUUGUCUCCACUGAGUAUGGACACCACGCCCACAGGCACCAAGGCCACGGGAGGGAAGAGGAUGAAGAUGCCUCAGAUGAAUAUCCCCAUCAUGUCCCCAGUCACGGACACCAAGGCCACAGAGAAGAAGAAGAAGGUGAUGAUGAUGAUGCUGAUGUUGUCUCCACUGAGUAUGGACACCAUGCCCACAGGCACCAAGGCCACGUGAAAGAAGAGGAUGAGGACGUCUCAGAUGAACACCAUCAUCAUAUCCCCAGUCCUGAACACCGAGGCCACAGAGAAGAUGAGGAAGAGGAUAUGUCCACUGAGUAUGGACACCAGGUCCACAGGCACCAAGGCCAUGGGAGGGAAGAGGAUGAAGAUGUAUCAGAUGAACACCAUCAUCAUAUCCCCAGUCACGGACACCUAGGCUAUGGAGACGAAGAAGAUGAGGAUGAGGAUGUGUCCACUGAACACUGGCACCAGAUUCCCAGGCAUACUUAUAGCCUUGGAGAUGAAGAUGAAGAGGAAGAGGAGAUCACAGUCAAGUUCAGCCACCAUGUUGCAAGCUCCCAACACCCAGGCCCCAAGAGCACUGAGGAGGAGGACUUUCCAGAUGAAUAUAAGUCAGCAGUCCCUGACCAUCACCACCAUGGAGGCCCCAAGGAUGAAGAUGAGGACAUCUCUGACAAGCUUGGCCACCAGGCUCCCAGCCACAGGCAACAAGGCCACCAAGAUGAAGGGACUGGCCACAGAGGGUCCCUGGAAGAUGAGAUUAGCCACCAGCUGCCAGAACACAUGGGGGUCAAGGACAGAAGCCAUUUGAGGGAGAGAGAUUCUGAGGAGGAAGAGGAGGAGGAGGACCAGAGCUCCCAUGAGGAAGAUGAUGAAAGUUCAGAACGGGGAGAAGAAGGCACCCGCCAUGGCAGCCUGGACCAGAAGGAUGAAGAAGAUGACGAGGAAGGUCACGGCCUCAGCGUGAGCCACGAGGAGGAGGAGGGAGAAGAGGAUGAAGAGAAGAGGGAAGGGAGGGCUGAGGUUCACGCCCCACUGAGCCAAGACCACCAGGAGGGGGAAGAGGAGGAGGAAGAGGGGCUGGAGGAAGAGGAGCUCCCCUUCACCAUCAUCCCUAACCCACUGGCCAGGAGGGAGGUGGCUGGAGGUGGCUCCAGUGAGGAGCAGAGUGGCGAGGACAUGGAUCCGCAGGGUGCCCAGGAGUACGGGAACUACCAGCCUGGGUCCCUGUGUGGCUACUGCUCUUUCUGCAAUAGAUGCACUGAAUGUGAGAACUGUCACUGCGACGAGGAGAACAUGGGGGAGCACUGCGACCAGUGCCAGCACUGCCAGUUCUGCUACCUCUGCCCGCUGGUCUGCGAAACUGUCUGCACUCCAGGUGAGCGUGGGCGGAGCCCAGCCAGGCAAACUCCGUGGAGGCGGAGCCAAAUCCGACAGGCGGGCCUGGCAGGAAGCUACGUCGACUAUUUCUCCUCCUCCCUGUACCAAGCCCUGGCGGACAUGCUGGAAACUCCAGAACCCUGACCCAGCGGUGCGGCUGCGGCGCAGACGCACCUCCCUGGCCCUCCAACCCAUUUCCACGAGCCGUAUUUAUUGAAUUGCGUUAUGAAUAAACAUGCUCCCCGAAACCUCA